UGUGUGUGUGUGUGUGUGUGUGAGUGAUCAGGGAUAUCCACCGUUUUUUUUUCACUCGCUCUCCCGUUAUUUGAAGGCGCUGCUGAGUCCGCUCUGCUUUUACCUGCCUCACCUGAGCAGACUCACCUGUUCACUCGUUCCUUUCGCUCUUCAAAACUGAAAGCCUCACUUUGAGACGGAUUUUUUUUAAAGAAAUAUUUAAAGAUAAACCUUACGAAACAAGAAGAAAAAACGCAAGGAGGAGAAAAGAAGAGGAUCGACCCUUGCCACUUUUUCCCCCUCUGCUUCCUGCUUUUCAGCCGUUACCUGGUUUGACGUCGUUUUUUUUUUUUUUUUUUUUUUUUUUACUUGAAAAGCAAAAAUAAAUAUAUAUAUAAUUAUAUUUAAGAUUUAAGAAGAGGACUGGUUGAUUUUAAGGAACAUGCCGCGGGCUUUUCUGGUAAAAAAGGCGAACGUUUCGCCGGGAAAGCGGAACUGGAGUGAGCUGCCCGACCAUGAGAGAGGAGACGUUUACAUCCCAGUCUCCAUCUUCCCGCCGUCGGUCUUGAUGACAGAAGUUGAGGCCAGCCCUGCAGAGACUGUGCCUCUCUGCCUCACCAAACGCUCUCCAUCAGACAGUCACGCUGAGCUGCCGUCCAGCACGCUGCUUGGACAACCGCGAAGUCUAGCGGGUUCGCCAGAGGGGAAGUCGAAUAUCAGACGGAGCUUGCAUGGCGACUCUUUGUACAUCCGAUCUAAAAUGAAGGUAACUACAGGCGUGUUUCCUCCUGAUCCCUCUCUUCUUCCUGAAGCUCGUCCCCAAAUUUCCAACCCACAGCCUCUACCUCCACAGCCCCCUGUUACGCCAGCACCCCCCCAGCAAGCUCUGCCCCCCGGCCCUUCAGAGGCUCCAACUACUGUGAACAGAUCAGCGGGUCAAAGUCAGAGCGCUACCCCUACAAUGACAGGAGCGUAUGUGUGCCAGGUUUGCCAGAAGACUUUCCAGUACCAGCGCAUGUUGAACCGACACAUCAAGUGCCACAGUGAGACCAAGAGACAUCUGUGCAACUACUGCGGCAAAGGCUUCAACGACACGUUUGACCUGAAGAGACACGUGCGCACGCACACAGGGGUCCGUCCGUACAAGUGCACUCUGUGCGACAAGGCCUUCACCCAGCGCUGCUCCCUGGAGUCCCACAUGAAGAAGAUCCACAGCGUCACCCUAAAGUACGCCUACAAGGAGCGGCGCAACAAGCUGUACGUCUGCGAGGAGUGCGGCCACACUGCGAGCACUCAGGAUGAACUGCUGGUCCACCUGCACUCCCUGCACCCGGACAGCGCCCUGCUGAAGGGAAAGGCAGCAAGGAGGGCGGGAGGUCUGGGGGGAUCCGCCUCUGGCUCCGUCGGAGGAUCCACUCCAAGUUCUCCACGGGAGGCAGACAGCGAUGACACUAACGGAUCAGCUGGGCAGUAGAUCACCGGAAUGAACUCGGCAGGGAAGGAUGAAGGAGGGAUGUGUUAACUCAUGGACAUGCAGAGUGUUUUGUUUAUAUAUUUAUAAAAGGGCAGGGAUUUGGGUUUUAUUUUGCAUGAAAAAAAAGAAAAAAAACUAUGAUCAGCUUCCUCUGAUAUAAAUGUAUUAUUUAUAUUAUAUUCUGAUCAACAUGAAUUUGAGCAAAUAUUUUCAGUCAUGAAGGUGAUACCCUGACCUUGGAACUUGACUUGGAAGAACCUCAAACAAGGUAGAACUUUUUCAGAAGAUGCUCUGAAUCAGGCAUCCUUUCAUCCAACAUUCUUCCAGUCUCUGUAUAUUACAUCCACAUUGUGUUGUGGCUCAUUUUUAUUGCUUUGAAUGGGACUUUAUUACCAGUGGGCUUCUCUUUGCAACAGAAGAUUUGAAUUUUUCUAAUGGAAUAUACAUUAUUAUUAUUAAAGCAAAUAAUAUAUUACAUA